AUUCUUGUUUCUUUUGCUCUGUAAUUUUCAACCAUGGAGAAGGAGAAGGAGAAAUCAGUUGCUAAGCCUAACAAUUCAGAAACGCCCAAGUCUCCCAACUCAGUAUUUUCUAUGGAUUCUUCUAUCGAGAGCCUCACCUUCUCGGUAGGGAAUCUUUCCCUGAAGAAUGGCAAAAUUCACAGCAUCUGCAAGGGUACUUCUUCUAUGGACAAUGGCAGUUCUUUGGCUUUUUCCGGUGGUAACACUUCAAAGAAAACCCAAGAAGUUGGAGCUGAUAUUCAAGAAACUGGGUGGUUAGAGAAUUCAAAGCCAGUUCCAACGCCAUUGUAUCCACAAAGAAUCUGGGGAGUCGAGAAUGCAAGAAGGCCUCUGUUUUCGGACCUGCAACUUUCUGUGCCUGCUUUCUAUCAAUCAAAUAACUGGGGUGGUGCUCGCAACUCCACGCCUCAAGAAAGCAGGGAGAACUUCGGCACUGUCUGUCAAGAUUCUACAACGGGUAGGCAGAAUCAAGAAAGCGUUAAUGGAGCUGUGCCUUCUGGGGGUAAGAUAGAAAGGAAUGAUUUUAUUUCACUUGCUGUGAAUGAAAAUGGGUCAAAGAUACUUCAGAAUAUAUUAAAGUCGAGGGAUCCAGAGCUUACAAGUCAAAUACUCGAAAGGUUUUUAGCCUCAUUGCAUGGAGUCCCCAUAAUCUGCGUUCUUAUGACUAAUGAAUGGGGAUGGCAUGUUUGUUCCAAGCUGAUUGAUUCUUGCAAUGAUCAACAGUUGGCAAUUAUUGUAGAGACGAUCACCAUGUGCCAGGAUCUGUUUAUUAAUUUAUCAAACAACAUAUACGGUUCCAAGUUGAUCAAGAAGAUGAUCAAAUUGCUCAAACGAUCGCCCUUAAUCCAUUGGCUGACACUCAGUCUCUACGCUUGUUUCUACCCUCUGAUGAUGGAUCGAAUCGGAUCAUAUGUUUUGAGUUACUGCUUGGAUUAUCUUGAUGUUAGGCAGAACGCUCUACUGUAUGAAUCAGCCAUUUCGCUUUGUCUUCACUUAGCAACGCAUGAGAAUGGAUGCAUAUCUUUGAACAACUUCAUAGACAAAAUCCAAGGUUCGCACCGGCAACGCCUCCUGGAGUUAAUCUCUAAAAAUGCAGUUUUCCUCUCGCAGGAUCCUUCAGGGAACCAUGUUGUGCAGAAGGUCCUGGCGCUUGAAAAUCCAAUCUUUACUGAAAGAAUAUGCUCUUCGCUCAGAGGUCACUAUAAAAGGCUUUCACUGCAGAAAUGGGGCAGUCAUGUAGUUGAAAAAUGUUUGAGGUCUACAGCAAUGGAAUGUGCAGUUGAGGAUCUUCUAAGUAGCAGCAGCAACCAAUUAUUGCAAGUGGCCAGAGAUCAAUUUGGUAAUUAUGUGAUCCAGAGUGCAUUGAAAGUCACUAAGAAGACGAAUAAUCCACUCCAUCUAGAGCUUCUGAGGAGCCUACAACCACAUCUCGAAACUCUCCGGAAAGGAUUUGGAAGGAAUGUCUUCAAUUUGAUUGCUAAUGGGGUUCCAACUGAUGAGGCUUGAUUCCAUCUCAUAACAGUAUAAUUUACUAGUAUGUUGUUUUCGUUUAGUAUUCCUUUUAUCUUCUGAGUUCCGAUGAGUGUUUUAGUGGGUGCUGCCCUUCAGUUUUGUAGGCACUGUAUUACAGUUUAGUACUUCGUCAGUUUGUUUGGUUUUGGCUUGAAUCUUGGUUGUAAUUUUUUAACCUGGAUAGUCGAUUGGUAAUAAAAUUCUUUUUUUGG